AUGAAACUGUUGAAAGACAAUUCUACAAAGUCACAUACAGAAAAUGAAACGCAGAGCCUUAUACAUGAACUUCUAGCUAGGAUAAAGAAAGCAAAGAAAACUAAUCUUAAUGAGCCAAAUAUUCAGGACAUAGUAUCAGAUUGUAUAUAUUUAUUACUAAGGUUAGGAUACGACGCUCAAAGGUUAUAUCAACUUUCUAAUUUGAGUGAGAAAUUUCUACGAACGAAUUUUCAUCAGAUGGAGUUGCGAGAACCCCCACAAUUAUUAAAAAAAUUACCUGAUAACACUUAUUUACCCAAUAGUAUACCAACCGAACGUCCAUACAAAUCUCCUGGUGCACCGAACAAGAUCAAAUCGUUUUUGGAGACCGUCCAUUCAGUGAAAGAACAGUCGCAAAAAAAUAAAUUACAAAAUGUUGUUGCCCCAACUAUUACAACUGUGCCAUCACAAUCAAAUUUAGUAUCAAAACAGACAGAAAAUGAAUUCCAUAUUCAGAAUAUCUCCAAUGAACAAAAUUGGUUAUCCAAAUCUAAAGUUUCUUUAACUGAUAGUGAAUCAGAUAAUGACAAUGCAUCUAUUCCAGUAAUGAGUACUACAGUGGGUCCAGUACAACAGGAAACUAGAAAAACCCCAACCAUUCCUACGCGGGCAAUAGAAACUGGAAGCGAUUCAAAUACAAUAAAAAAAGUUUCAUUGACAAAUACAGAUAAAAACUUAACUUCCAGCACAAAUGUUACUAAAUUAGUCUCAUCACUAACAUAUAAUAAUGAAGAAAAAAAAUUCCAAAAAGUUAUCAAAGGUAGACUUACAAAAUUAUCAAAUAUUAGUUUUGUCAAAAAAAAUAGUUCAUUACAUAUAGAGGAAAUAAGACAAAAACUUUUAGGCGAUGUAAAUAAAUUCAUGGAUUAUGUUGAAUUGUUACGAAGUAAAGAGAAAAACAAUUUAAAUAGAACACAUGCCACCAAAAAUAAAGAUAAUUCUAGAAAUAAACUUAAUGUAUCACCAGAACAGGAUUCUUCACAACAAGAGGUAUUAAUAUCUGAUAGUUUUAUCAAAAUGACCAAAGUAUGUUUCAAUUUUAUUUUAUUUUCUUAUUUCAAAUUUUACUGUGUAUAUUAG